AUGCAGCCCGUGACGCUAAGCGCGUGCGCCGAGAACGUGUCAGCCCUGAUCAAACAGCAUGCGCAAGGCGGGCAAGCUCACGUAGUAGGGUUAUCGUUGGGCGGGUUCGUGGGACUGAAGCUGGCACAGCUGUACCCGGAGCGGGUGCGGACUCUGUGGGUGACGGGUUCGGCCCCGUUUGAGGGCUUCUUCAAGUGGAUGGCGGAGCGACCGGCCGUGGUGUGGUACAUUAUGAAAGCGUCGCUGAGCUGGCUGCCCGAGGGUCUGUACUGGAAACUCGGGAGCUGGAAAGGUUUGAUCAGGCACGACGACUUGUACGGGGAGAUGCAGAAGAACGUGGUGUGGGAGAACGUGCAGAGCGCCUACACCAGCAUCCUGGAGGAGAUGACGUGGGAGGACGUCAAGGAGAUUCGCGUGCGAACCCUGACCGUCUCGGGCGGGGUGGACGACGAUACGCCGUGCACGAAGAAGAUGGGCGAGCUCUUGCCGGUCGAGGGUUCGCGGGCGGUGGUGGUGAAGAAGGCGGUGCACUCUUGGGAUCUUCAGUUCCCGGAACUCUUUGCUCAGGGGAUCCUCGCUUGGAUUGAUGGGAGAGAGCUGCCAGAGGAAUUCGAGGCGUUGACGCCUGCACUUUGA